AAGAGCCAUUGUACAACCUGACUGCGCGGAGGUGAACAACAAGCACUUUCACUACGUGUCGAGCAGUUUAUUUGUACCUGACAGCAGAACAGCGUAACUACAGAUUUGAACCGUAAAAUAAAUCGUACCGUCGAAGAACUAAAGGGGAAAAAAAGACCGCUUACACGAGCCGAACGACGACCGUAUUUUCCACCCGGGACGCUUCACUCGGCGGAGGGAUUCAACCCGACUCUUAACCGACAUCCGAAGAGGAGAAAGCCGCCGGUUAGCCCCGUUUUUCCGCCUCAUAUCUUCAUUUUACGGUCGUGCUUGGCUUUUCUCCUAGGUCUGCGCCCUUAUUUAGAUGGCCAGCUUCCCAGACUCUGUAAACGAAAAUGAUAUAGGUAAGGCAAAGUUCAUCGGUGAACUCCUGGUGCCUGCUGCUCCCUUCGACCAGAAGUCUGGGCGCGAGGCUUGGACUGUAGCCUUCGCACCCAAUGGUUCCUACUUUGCUUGGUCUCAGGGGCAUCGCAUCGUCCGGCUCGUUCCCUGGACAGAAUGCCUGAAGAACUUUUCAACGGGCCACAACGGAGAGGCCACCAAUGCCUCGAGCCCCCGCCGUCUGUCCCGUCAGAACAGCAGCGGAAGCCAGGUAAUCCCCGCGGCCGGCGAGCCCCGCGAGCACACCAUCGACUGCGGUGAUAUCGUCUGGGGUUUGGCCUUCGGCUCGUCGGUGCCAGAGAAGCAGAGCCGCUGUGUUAACAUCGAGUGGCACCGCUUCAAGUUCGGCCAGGAUCAGCUGCUACUGGCCACAGGCCUCAACAACGGUCGCAUCAAGAUCUGGGAUGUUUACACUGGAAAACUGUUGCUGAAUCUGAUGGAUCACACUGAUAUAGUGCGAGACUUGACCUUCGCUCCUGAUGGCAGUCUCAUGUUGGUGUCUGCAUCCAGAGAUAAGACCCUCCGUGUGUGGGACCUCAAAGAUGAUGGUAACAUGGUGAAGGUUUUGCGGGGGCAUCAGAACUGGGUGUACUGCAGCGCCUUCUCCCCUGACUCCUCCAUCCUGUGCUCAGUCGGCGCCGGCAAAGCGGUACGUACACCAGUUCCUGUUUACUUCUUUUGAUGGGAUUGCUAGCUAAUCUUUGUUCAAUUGCUUGUGACCAGUUAUGCUCAAUCAGCUUACAAAUGAAAACCCGUCUGCCCUGCCCUCCCAUUUCCACCUCAGAGCAAACUGUGCUCGGUGUCAUGAUAAGUUGUGCUACCUGCAUGUAGUUUGGUUUUGUUUGCAGUGGAAAAAAAUCAGGCUUUGGGUGUUCUGAAGUUUGCAUGCAGAGCAGACAACUGUUUUCACUAUUGGUAUAUAGCUGAAAUUAACUUGUUUCAUCCUCCUAAAGUAUUUAUGUUGAAGUGGGGGAGACCAAACUGAAUAU